AUGUCAAACGAAGACAAGACGCCAUUAUAUCAAGAGAAUGAAAAGGUAUUAGUACAUCAUCAAAAUACAAUCUAUGAAGCAAAGGUUCUUAAACAUGAAUAUAAAGUAGAUCCAAAGAAAUCAAGUGAUCCUAAGAAAUACCAUUACUACUUUAUACAUUAUCUUGGUUGGAAUGAAAAAUGGAAUGAAUGGGUAGAACAAUCAAGAUUACUAAAAUAUAAUGAACAAAAUGUUGAAUUGAUGGUAUCUAUACGAGGUAGAACAAGGUUAGGUCCACCGGGUCCACCCAUCGUCCCAUUAACCUCAAAGAAAAAAUCAAAGAAUGGUAAUAGUAGCAGUACUGCUGCUGGAGGAGAUGAAUCAACAUCUACUACUUCAACAACAACAACAACAACAACUAGUACUAGUACCGCUUCAUCGUCAUCGUCGUCAUCAUCAUCACAUCAUAAAAGAAAAAGAGAGAUACCAUCAAAUAUAAACAUAGAGAUACCAGAGAUUGUAUCACUACCAAGAAACCCAUCUAUUAAAACUUUAUUAGACGAUUUUGUAAAUAAUAACAAUAACAAUGUUGAAACAAGAUUAAUAGUUGAAGGAGUGAUCAGUUAUUUCAACAAAGCAUUGGGGUGUCAACUAUUAUACAAGUUUGAGAGACCUCAGUACAGUGAUAUUCUCAAGAAUCAUCCCGAUAAACCUCUCUCGGAAAUAUAUGGUGCAGAGCAUUUAUUAAGAUUAUUUGUUAAGCUACCGGAAUUUAUAUCAAUAUCAGAAAUGAUCCCAGAAACUGUAAUCAUUUUAACUAAAACCAUCGAUGAAAUUGUCAAAUACUUGGAAAGAAAUAUUUCUACAUUAUUCUUGAAAGAAUAUAAUCCGGUUACUUCAUACUAUAAUAGAUUGGCUUCAAGUAAAAUUAAAUUAAUUUAA